CAUCACAAUAUCUCAGGGAACACGUCACAUGGAUUCUGGAACUUGACUGUGUGAGGCACAUAUCUAUGGAUGAAGCUGGGUUGAAGCUGAAUUAAAGCAGGCGUACGCAGCGUUCAUGAGGAGCGAUCCCUUCUACCCACGACCGGACGGCACUGAGACUGCUGAUGGGGCGUUGUGGUGGUUCUCUAGGGAGAGGUUUAUGGUCACCAGCGCGGGGGUAUUAGGAGAUGGGAGCCCGCAUGCAGGCCUGCCACGGAGGCUGAUGGAAAUGAUUGAGGAGGAAGGCUGUAGGCGAUGGAAGAAGAAAGGGGAGCUACAAGGCAUGGAUGAAGACGCGGCACAGGGCUAGGAUAGAUUGAUGUAUUUGCCAGGAGUAUGUGUUCAGCCUACU